GCCCUGCUGCAUGCUGACUCUCUCCAGAGGACCCACCAGGUGGCUCUGGCCCUGCAGCAGAGAGCAGAGCUCCUCGUCAGGUCAGGGCACUACGACCCCGAUGCAGUGAGGGCGUGCGCCCAGACGGUGGCGCUGCACUGGCAGACGCUGAUGCUGAGGAUAGAGGACAGACUCAAGCUGGUCAACGCCUCAGCAGCCUUCUACAGGACGUCCCAGCAGGUGUGUGGCGUGCUGGAGAGCCUGGAGCAGGAGUACCGGAGGGAGGAGGACUGGUGUUCAGGAGGAGACCGCCAGCCGGAGCUGCUGCUGCCGCUCGUCUCCAAGCACAUGGAGCAGAAGGAGGCCUUCCUCAAGGCCUGCACUCUGGCCAGGCGGAACGCAGAAGUUUUCCUCAAGUACAUCCAUCGCAACAGCGUCACCAUGGCGAACAUCUCGGGCCACAGCGUCACCGUCUCCGGGGUGACGGGGGUCAGCGAGGUCACCGGGCACUCCAGGGUACCGGAGCAACAGGUCAAAGGUGAAACCAUCACGGGGAAACACACGAGUCAU